AUGGGCGGCAAGCGUGCUAGUGGCGCUGCUGCUUCAGCGUCGCGCGGCCCGCCGAAGUCGGCCGCCCGCCGCGGCGGCAGAGGCAGCGCUUGUGCAUCGGACUCGGGCUUUUGCCAUCGUUGCGAGCAGCCAGUCGACGUCGCGUCGUCGAAGCGCGGCGGGCGCCCCACGGCGCCGUGGAUCGGCUGCGACAACUGCUGGGUGACCUUCGAGAGGCACUACUGCGAGGACAACGCCUGGCCCGACAUCUGCGAGCGCAGCCGCGAGGAUCCAGACUUCAGCGCCGAGUUCGGCGCGAGGGUCACUGCAGACUUGGAGCUAGAGUGCCAAGUGGCAACGGCAGCGGAGCGUGGCAGCGUCGAGGUGGUCACGUACUACGGACAGGAGGUCAGCACUUCGAUGGUGCAGCUCACCCCGAAGCAGUGGGCUUCACAAGUGGCUCCUCGCGGGACCGUCGGCAUCACGCCCGAGAUGUGCGACCUGAUCCAGUCUCGCGUUCCGUCCUCCUGCCAGCCAGGAGUCAACGCCACAGGCGUGAUCAUCGCAGAUCCAGAUCAGCCAUACGUCAGCAUCAGGAACUACACGAGGACAGAAGUGAGGAUGGCAUUCACCAGGCUGACGCCCCAGCAGGCCGUCAAGGCGGGUGCAGAGACGGACGCCGUCAAGCGGGAGGUGACGAAGCUGCGGCAGCAGCAGGCGGUCGCCGUCAGAGGGUUCGCAAAGGCCCCGACGAUCACAGAGCUGCAGAACGUGGCGCUCGCGAAGGCCUCUGCAGCAGGGAUGCUUCUCAAGGCCCCGCCGCCCAAGGCCAAGGCCGCCGUGGACGAUCCCCUCAUGGCGAUUGGGAACGGCACAUUGCAUGAGGACGUGGAGUCAGUUUUCCCAGGCGCCAGCGGUGGCCAGAGAGCUGGGGGCGCUGCGCAUUCGCCUGCGGGGGCACCCAGUGCUGGGAUGGAUUCGGGCAUCUCUGCCAGCUCCGCGGUCGCUCUACACAUCUCCAGUCAGCCCUUAGUCAAGGCGAAGUCGGGCGCGGCGGCUUCGCACCCAGGCCAGGUCACGGCCAGCGAUUUGCAGGGGCACCGCCCACCGCCACGGCGACUCGAGUCAGGGGAGGCUCGCGGUUGUAGUCGAGAUCGGUCCAGAUCCCCAGCGCGGAGUUGUAUCUCUGCGGCGGGUGACUCAGCACCUGGGGGCAGGGCCAGCAGCAGGGGUCCGCCUGGCUCUGCUGAGAAGGCGCGCUUCGACGGCUACAAGAACGACCUGGUGAUCCACGAGAUCUUGGAUGGGAGCCUCAGGGGGGACCGAUCCUACGGCUUGAAGAGGUUUAAGCCGAAGUCUCCCAGCCUUUCCGUGCUGGUGAACAAGCUCACUUCGAAAGUUGAGGCGGCGAGCGCCCUGUCCACCAACAUCAGCACCAUGCAAUGGACCCAGGUCCUCACCCACCUGAAGGAGCUCAGCCCAGACGGUGUGGAGGCCACGGCUGUCUUUCGCAAGACGCUCUUGAAGAAGUUCGUGCAGCACUCGAUCUCCGAUGACGAGGUGGUCAUUGAGACUCUGAUCCCGUGGUCUCCCCACCCUGAUGACUUCGACAUGACUGCCCCCAAGGUGUCGUCUAUGAAGGGCAUGUCUGAUAGCGAGAAGGUUGACCUAGUUCGAGAGGUGCUCUUGGAUGACAUCGUCCGUCCCCAGUUGGAGGAUCCUGCGAGGGUCACCUUCCUCCAGGCCAUUGGCAAGCUCCUCAAGGAUACGUUCCCGAAGCUCGGUGACCAGUGCCCAUCCGAGAUCGCUGAGUUCUGCAAGCACUUCCAGGCGCUUGGCAUGCUACUGUUUCACUUACCGAACAACGACCCCCUGAGCUUCGCGGAGUGUGAUCCCCACAUGGGCGUGAUGAUUGCACUCUUGACUGGCGUCACCGACGCUGCCGAGUGGCAUCCUGUGGCUGAGGUGCUGGGUAACAGCGCUCCGUGGGCAGACUACAAAUCGACCUUCAGGAGGGCAGCCUCAACAGACAUUCAGCUUGCCCCCAGGAUGGGGAAGACCAUCGAACAGCUCGAGACUACAGAGGGCAACACGCUUGAAGGCAUCGAGUUCAUGAGCACCGUUCUCGUGGAGAUCGGGCUCGAGAAGGCCAUCGCAGACCUCCUGGGGACGACCGCAGAUUCAGUGGACGUGAAGGUCGGGGAGGCGCUGGUCGAGCUGUACUCCAAGUUCGCACGCGUGAAGGGGUUCGAGCCCGACACCGCGGACGACCCGUGCGGAAGCAAGUACGGUGAUCUCAUCAACCACGUGGACCACGCAUCGAGGUGCCGUGUCGAAGGCAGCUUCAGGAAGAUCAUCGAGAAGUACAACACUGGGGCUAACUGCCAUCAGGUGGCCACUGAGAUCAAGGCGUUCGUGGAAGAGAACAAGGGUAUGCAGAUGCCGCUGCUGGUGGGCGCCGAGCACCUCGUCAAGGCCACUCUCCACGUCGCCGAUCACAUCGGCCUCCUGCUGUACGACGCGCAGCUCGACACGCUGGGAGCCGUCGGAGACCUGAUCCAGGAUGCGAUCGACAAGCACGCGCUGGCCGCCACGAUGCUGUCCUGCGUCACGCCUGACCCCUCGUUCAGGCCCAGCCUGGACGCCGUUUCAGACCGCCUCGCCGACACGUUCUCGGUCAUCCAGGUCGCGAAGUGCGCUGUGGCCUUCUACGAGACGGGCGACGAGGACGCCGCCGAACUGCGCAGUGCUUGGGGGCGGCUGGACAGUUCCCUGGACGACGGCAUCCCAUGCGCCUCGAAGCCGCACGAUGACAUCCUGCAGGAGCUUGGCUGUUCCAAGUAUGAGGGUUUCGUUGCUCGGGCCGAGAAGUGGCACCAGGUGGCCAAGGACCUCUGGUCCGAGUAUGCGCAGAGCCAAAUGGACCAGCUGCUCGACGAAGGGCGCGUGCUCUUCGCGGUCUUGCAGAAGUUGUCGGGAGGGAUGUUGAACGGCAGCCACUUCAUGGACGGCUUCGCUGGGGAGGCGACGGACUUCGCUCAGACGAUCGGCCACUUGAAGGUGGGGCUCUUCAAGCAGACGGGGGUCUCGAACAGGCUCAAGGACGCCUACCGUGCUGUGCAGCACAAGCUCGGACACGCCGUCGAGGAGUCGAAGCGCUUGAAGGUGCCACUCGAGAAGUGGCAGGCCACUCAUGACCAGUGGAGCGAUGGCCUGGCGAAGGCCGACGUGACGUUGACGACGGCAGCCAUCGCCCAGUGCGUGAAAGAUCGCAAGACUGACGAGGUCACCAAGGCCAACCUCCAGCGCGCGCUGGACCAGAUGCAGGCCAGGAAGGUCAGCAUCGAGUCGCUGCCAGCAUCCGUUUGGGAGCAG